AUGCAACUGAAACUAUUCAUUUUUCUAACAAUUUUUGUACAUUUUUCACUACAAGGUUUGUUUUUGAAUAAAUAAAUAGCACCAAUUUCCCAACCAAAACGAGAAAAACUUAGCUAAUCUUGUUGUUUUCAGCUGUUCGACCAGUCACUCUUUACAUUCGACUUUUUGAUGUGAAAAAUAAGCGAUCGACGACUUUGGAUGAGGGAUGGAAGUAUACGGUGGGAGAAGUCAAAAAUAUGUUGUUGAGAGAAAUUGACAUAUCUGGACACAUUUUGAGAUUGUAUUUUGAGGGUGAGAAAAAAUUUGGGGGAAACUUUUGUUUGGUGGGAAAAAGAUUAGGGUUUUAUGUAUUAGUCAGGUUCCUGAUUUUUCUUUAGGGAAAAGUUUAUUAAUUUUACGCUCAAAACAAUUUAUAAAAGUGCAAACUUUAAACAUCAAUGAAAAAAAGAAAAAUGAAAACACGAGUUUUCAAUAACGAAAAAAAAUCAAUAAAAAUAAAUCGAACACAUGUUCAGGUCAAGAAUUAUGGAUUCCCGAUCGAACAUUGGCCAGUUAUCGAGUUCGUCCGGGCGAUACAGUCACUAUUUAUCUUGAAAACAUUGCUGAGCAAUUGGCAAUCCGAUUCGGGAAUCAAGACAAAUCACCAGAUGGAAGAUUGGCACCUUAA